AUGUAUCAAACAACAAUAGCAUUGCAUCGUUUGCCAUUGCAUUUAACACAUCGGAUUUAUCGUUUUCUUCAUACCACAUCUUCAUGCUAUAAUCUCUUUGCUUUGGGAUCAACUGCACUAUAUACUGUCCAUGGCACAGGGGUACCCUGGUGGGCUGCAAUCCCGUUAACUACACUACUUAUACGCAGUGUUAUGUUACCUGUUGUUUUUUGGUCAAGAAAUAGAAUGAUUCGAUAUGCUCGUAUUAAGCCGUUGAUAAAGGCAUGGGAGUUUCAAUACAUGAAACUAAGUUAUUUUGAUUCUGAAAAGAUUAAAAAGUUGAAUCAAAAACGGAAUGAACUUUUUCAUCGCCACUCAUGUCAUCCAAUUGGGUCUUUAGUAUUGCCUUUGGUACAAAUCCCUUUGUUUUUUAUAAUGACAUUUGUACUGCGUGGCAUGUCUGGCUCGAGUUUCUUGCUGUUUUCAGGUUUAAAUGUACCUGUAGAAGUUUCUUUAGCCCACGAAGGUAUUGGAUGGAUACAAGAUUUAACUGUUUCAGAUCCAAUUGGGUUCCUUCCAGUUUGUUUAGGACUUAUUAGUCUUAUAAACAUUCAGUUAAAUUUAGAUUUUUAUAAAGAAAUGGUUUCUGUGCCGAUAUUUUUGACACGCCUUGCACAAGGUAAUGCACUAGUGUUUACGUUUGUUUCAAUGCAGGCUCCUACUGCAUUGUCUUUAUAUUGGGUAACCUCGUCUUUAUUUUCAGUUAUACAGAAUUUAGUUUUGCAUUUUGUGAAACCUCUUCCAUAUUUUCCAAGACAUUUCAAGAAAUAG